AUGAACAUCGCUAUUGGCUGCGAGGCCACAGGACCCGGUGCAUCCAGCCGGACAGGGGACCAUCACGAGCCAUCCGAGAUUGUCAGCCCGUGGAGCUGCUUCCAUUGUCGCCGCCGCAAGGCUCGCUGCAAUAGACGCAAACCCUGCGCGCUCUGUGCAAAAUCCGGCGUCGAGUGCUCGUAUCCCGUGUCUGGCCGGAUGCCCACCCGGCAGCAUUACCCGUCACCGGCUCACACACUCACGCCGGGGGAGAAGCGCGCUGAAUUGAUCAACCGUCUAAGAUAUUUGGAAGACGUCGUGGACAAACUGAGUUCGCAGGUGCGCCUCGAAGCCAUCCCCAGUGGUGAGGGCGUCGACCCUGUUGACUGGGACUCGUCCCUUGGUGCUUCUGGUGCGGACAGUAGCAAUGGCAACCUUGUGAAUGAUUUUGGGAGAUUGCAUCUACAUGAGGGUGGGAGCCUUUACGUUGGGAAUAAGUUCUGGUCCAUUUUCAACAACGAGGUUAAAAGCGUGCGGCAGGCAUUUGAAGAUGAUCAUCACCACCAACGGCUCCAACAAGAAGUCGCCGUUUCCGUCAAGGACGUCAGCCACACUCCUUUCUUUUGCAGAAUGAAGGGGCGAUCCUCGGAGGACGUAUCGCAGCCUCUGCCGUCCCAAGUGCCCUACAUCUGGCAGGUCUUCGUCGAAAAUGUUGACCCGAUGAUCAAGAUUCUACACGUCCCAACCAUGGAUAAGACCAUUCGGCAGUCCAAGGGCAGAUUUGAGCCUCCAGGCUCUGGAAUGCGGGCUUUGAUGUUUGCGAUAUCUCUCGCUGCAAUCACUUCCCUCAGUGACGCAGAGGUCCAAGAGAACUUUCACGAAUGCAAGGACGACUUGAUAUCAUCCCUACUCCAAGGAACAGAAGAAUCCCUUGCGAGCGCCGGCGUGUUGGACACCACGUCCAUAACUGUUGCCCAAGCGUUCCUGCUGUACCUUGAUGUCGCGGGACACCACUACGGAGUGAGAGCCAUGUGGACCAUGACGGGCAUUCUGGAUCGGUCGGCAGUGUCAAUGGGGCUUCAUCGCGACGGGUCCAGGUUUCCCAACGUCGACCACUUCGAUUCGGAGAUGCGGCGGAGGCUGUGGUGGCACAUUUGCUUCGUGGACAACCGCGUGAGCCAGUGCGAUGUUCCCGAAAUGGCGCUCUCCGAGAGCAUUUUCGAUACCCGCGAGCCCGCCAACGUCAACGACAGCGACAUAUUCCCCGGCAUGACGCACGAGCCGGUUGGCCGAGAGGGCUUCACGGAGUCGAGCUACAUGCUGGCACACUGCGCGGUCUGGCGUGAGGCUCGGAGGCUGCACAACUCUGUUGCGGAUCUUCUGGAUACCAGCGCGGAGGGAGACAAGGCAAAAGAGCGUGGGUUGGAGUCACUCGCGCGUUUGCGGUCCAAGGUUCUUGGAGAAACUCUUGCGCAGCCAGAGCCACCACGACUCCUGACGACCACGAUGCGGCUGAUCAUAGAGGUUCUGUUGGAUCAGUUGACUCUCGUUCUCCAUCAUAGAGACUUGUUCAGGCAUCCCGGAAAGUCGUCUGAACCGGUCAGGCAUCAGUCUUUUGAGUCGGCCUUUAAAUGCCUUGAGGUAAUGCAAAAGUGGAAGGCUGAUCCGAACACACGGCAAUGGAGCUGGGUGUCUGUCAACUACCAUCAAUGGCAUGCAGCUUGCAUCGUGUUUGCGCAACUCCGCUUCGGCACAUGGACCGCUGUUGCUGAGAAAGCGUGGAAAAUUGCCAUGAAAUUUCUCGAUGGGACGCCUGAUGCACUGCUGAACAGAAAUCCGCUCAAGCCGGCCAUUUUCGGCUUGGUUAAUGCGGCUAAAAAACAUCGAGAAGAAGAAAUGCGUAGGAUUUCUCUGGAAAGGAACCACAAGGCUGGGCCUGCCUCUCAGGUAAUCCCGUCUCCUUUCUCACUUGAUAGCUCGGGGAGCGUAGCUGAGAGCGACUCGCGUGACCCCAUGACCUGGGCCUGGGUUUCGAGCGAUAACCAACCCUCCUCUUACGCAGACUCUUCUAAUACGUCUGUGUGGGCUUCCAACUUGACAAGUUCAAGCAGAACACCUUCGGACGCAAUGGUUGAUGUUGAUAGGGAUGUUUUCAACGUGAGAAGGAAUUUAGGCCAGCCUCAGUUUGCCCUUCCCGCAAAUGCUCGCCACUCACGGGGACACGCCAUUACUGAGGAAGACCCAGAUGUGGAAUUUGGAGGUUUGCAAAACGUUGAUGAGAUUGAUUUUGGCAUAGAUCCAAACUUCGAAGAGGAACCCUUCAAUUUCUUUCAGUUUAUGUAA